CCGCCGCAUCUUCGUCAUCCAGGUGGACGAGCCCGCCCUGCGUGAGGGUCUCCCUCUCCGCAGCGGCAAGGAGCGCGAGGCCUACCUCGAGUGGGCCGUCGACUCGUUCAAGCUGUCGACGGCCGGCAUUGCCGAUUCGACCCAGAUCCACUCGCACUUCUGCUACUCGGAGUUCCAGGACUUCUUCCACGCCAUUGCCGCGCUCGACGCCGAUGUGCUGUCCAUCGAGAACAGCAAGUCGGACGCCAAGCUGCUGCAGGUGUUUGACCGUGAGGCGUACCCCCGCCAGAUCGGCCCCGGUGUCUACGACAUCCACUCCCCCCGUGUCCCCUCGGAGGAGGAGAUCAAGACGCGCAUCGAGGAGAUGAUCACCAACGGUCUCCGCCCCGAGCAGCUCUGGAUCAACCCCGACUGCGGUCUCAAGACGCGCCAGUGGAAGGAGACCAAGACGGCGCUGACCAACCUGGUCAACGCCGCCAAGUUCUUCCGCGAGAAGUACGCCGACAAGGCCUAA